AUUUACUUUAUUGUUUGUUAUUCCUAUUGUUUUUCAGAAGGAGAUAUGGGACUUGAAAUGAAAGAAACUACUGCACACACAAGCCUUUCUGCGGUAGAAAGUCACAUGCAAAGAUUCAUGAGUGAUAGUCUCUGUGAUUUUACUUGGACAGAAAUCUGUAUGACACAUGAUGUAAUCCACCCUGGAAAGAAGCAUUAUGAACGUAAACAAAUGGGAAUGAGUUUUAGAGAAAGAAGAGAUGUUAUUGGACCUCAGGGAAGCCACACUGGAGCGAAACUGUAUGAAUGUAAGCAAUGUGGAAAGGCUUUUACAAAAAAAGGCACUCUUACUGUACAUCAGAGAAUCCACACUGGAGAGAAACCUUAUGAAUGUAAGCAGUGUGGAAAGGGUUUUAGACAAAGGGGAGGUCUUGCUGCACAUCAGGCAAUCCACACCGGAGAGAAACCGUAUGAAUGUAAACAGUGUGGAAAAGCCUUUAGGCAAAGGGGAGCUCUUACUGCACAUGAAACAAUCCACACUGGAGAGAAACCUUAUGAAUGUAAGCAGUGUGGAAAGGCUUUUAGAUAUAAGAAAAGUCUUAUUGGACAUCAGGGAAUCCACACUGGAGAGAAACCUUAUGAAUGUUAUCAAUGUGGAAAGGGUUUUAUAAAAAGAAGAGCUCUUAUUGUACAUCAGGGAAUACACACAGGAGAGAAACCAUAUGAAUGUAACCAAUGUGGAAAGGCCUUUAGGCAAAUGGGACCUCUUACUGCACAUCAGAGAAUCCACACUGGAGAGAGACCUUAUGAAUGUAAGCAGUGUGGGAAGGCUUUUAGGUGUAAGACAAAUCUUACUAGACAUCAGAGAAUCCAUACUGGAGAAAAACCUUAUGAAUGUAACCUAUGUGGAAAGGCUUUUAUAGAAAGGAGACCCCUUACUGCACAUCAGAGAAUUCAUACUGGAGAGAAACCUUAUGAAUGUAACAUAUGUGGAAAGGCCUUUAGGCAAAUGGGAACUCUUACUGCACAUCAGAGAAUACACACUGGAGAAAAACCUUAUGAAUGUAACCAAUGUGGAAAGGGUUUUACAGACAAUAGAUCACUUAGUCUACAUGAGAGAAUCCACACUGAAGAGAAACCUUUUGAAUGUAAGCAAUGUGGAAAGGCCUUUAGGCAAAGGGGAAGUCUUACUGUCCAUGAGAGAAUCCACACUGGAGAGAAACCUUAUGAAUGUUACCAAUGUGGAAAGGGUUUUACCGACAACAGAUCACUUAAUCAACAUCAGAGAAUCCACACGGAAGAGAAACCAUAUGAAUGUAACCAAUGUGGAAAGGCCUUUAGGCAAAGGGGAAGUCUUACUAGACAUCAGAGAAUCCAUACUGGAGAGAAACCUUAUGAAUGUAAACCAUGUGGAAAAAGUUUUAGGUAUAAGACAAGUCUUACUGGGCAUCAAGGAAUCCACACUGGAGAGAAACCUUAUGAAUGUAAUCAAUGUGGAAAGGCCUUUAUAGACAAUAGGUCACUUAUUGUACAUGAGAAAACCCACACUGAAGAGAAACCAUAUGAAUGUAACCAAUGUGGAAAGGCCUUUAGCCAAAGGGGAGUCCUUACUGCACAUCAGAGAAUCCACACUGGAGAGAAACCAUAUGAAUGUAACCAUUGUGGAAAGACCUUUAGGCAAAGAGGAGUUCUUACUGCUCAUCAGAGAAUCCACACUGGAGAGAAACCUUAUGAAUGUGAGCAGUGUGGAGAGACUUUUAGGUAUAAGAUAAGUCUUAUUGUACAUCAGAAAAUUCACAUGGGAGAGAAAUCUUAUGAAUGUAUCUAAUAAGAAAUGAGCUGUAUAAAAAUUUGAUUGGCUAGUGCCAAAUUUGUGAAGAAAGGUAAAAUGAGGAAGAACAUGAAUCAGACGGAGAACAUUGGGCGAAGAUGUGCUGGUGAUGAUUCCUUCUAUAUUUAGCCUUCUCUAGCCAUAACCCAAGGGUAUAGGGAGGAAGGAAACAAAAGAUGAGUAGGGAUAGCAAAUAGGUUCUUAAGCAUAUUGGAUCCUUCUUUUCCACUGGAUCAUUUAUUUGAAAGGCAGCAUGGGAAAAUGGAAAUAUUACUAGAUUUGGAUCCAGAGGACAUGAUUUGAAAUUUGGGUUCUGUACCACUGUGAUGUUGGGCAAGUAAUUUCACUUAAUGGGUCUUGGGGCAUUUAAAUUAGAAUUAAGGCCUCUUCUUGUUCUAAAUUUUUGGCGGAAUCUAAGAAGUCGAAGAGCUUGAAGAUGAACCCUAUUUCCUUUUGCCACUUCUUGCUGGAUCCUCAACUUCUGAUUAGGGCUAAUAGAUUACUUCACUAAGCCAUCUGUAGAUGACUGGAGUUUGAAGAGACAGAAAGAUAUGGGGAAUUCUAAACCCAGAUAGAUCAUUGGUGAGUUAGGAAAUUUGCACUGCAUUCCUAAAUGAACAAAUCUGCAUUUAAUGAAAUAGAUUUGCCAUUUUCAUUCAGGGAAAAAAUAAAUUGAGAUGUUUUGAAGAAUAAAAAAAUUUCAACUCUUAGAUUUCAGCUUAUAUCUAUCAAACUGGUAGUGGUGACUCCAACUGUUCAAAAUAAUUUUGGGGAGCUAUAGGAUUAGUGGCAAAAUAAAUGUGCAUAGCUAUGAAUUGGUCUAGCUGUUGGGAAAAGUCAUUUGAGGAAACGCACCUGUAUGUGCCAAAAUGUUUGUGGCAGCCCUGUUUGUAGUGGCUAGAAGCUGGAAAAUGAAUGAAUGCCCAUCAGUUGGAGAAUAGUUGAGUAAAUUAUGGUAUAUGAAUGUUAUGAAAUAUUAUUGUUCUGUAAUAAAUGACUAGCGGGAUGAAUACAGAGAGGACUGGCGAGACUUACAUGAACUGAUGCUAAGUGAAAUGAGCAGAACCAGGAGAUCAUUAUAUACCUCAACAACGAUACUAUAUGAGGAUGUAUUCUGAUGGAAGUGGAUCUCUUCGAUAAAGAGAGCUAAUUCAUUUUCAACUGAUCAAGGAUGGACAGAAGCAGCUACACCCCAAGAAAAAACACUGGGAAAUGAAUAUAAACUGCUUGCAUUUUUGUUUUUCUUCCCGGGUUAUUUCUACCUUCUGAAUCUAAUUCUCCCUGUGCAACGAGUAAAUUGUUUGGUUCUGCACACAUACAUUGUAUCCAGGAUAUACUGUAACCUAUUCAACAUGUGUAAAGGACUUCUUGCCAUCUGGGGGAGGGGGUGGAAGGAGGGAGGAGAAAAAUCGGAACAGAAGUGAGUGCAAGGGAUAAUGUUGUAAAAAAUUACCCUGGCAUGGGUUCUGUCAAUAAAAAGUUAUUUAAAAAGAAAAAAAAAAGAAAAGUCAUUUGCUAUUAGGGUUUGUUAAAAGGUGAUCAAAUACCCAUCUUUUGUGACACAAGAAACCCCACUGCAAGGCAUAAAUUCUAGUUCAAAUUACACUAUGAUUGCAGUGUUUUAGUUUGGUUCUCUUUGUUUUAAUUUUUGGUAGCAGAAACCAAUAUAGGUGGAAAAAAGAAACAAAAUACUCUUCAGUUGGAGAAUGGCUAAACAAAUUGUGGCAUGUGAACAUAUUGGAAUAUUGAUUGUGUCCUAAGGACCAUUGAAUAUGAAGAAUUCAGAGGAUCUUAAGGGUAUAUAAAUUAACAGAUUGAAGUAAGUUAAAUGAAUUAAAACACUGUGACUCCCUCAAAUACUCAAUGUGAUCAGUGAUCUCUUCCAUUUGAAAUAGAACAUGGAUGCAUUUCUAUCCUUCCCAUGUGACUCUUGCUUGUCUCACAUGUUCACCACAGAUCGUCCAUCCUAUAUGAUGGAAUCCCACCAUCUCAAGAACAUUUACAGAGUGUUGAGGAUCAUGCUUAAGUGUGGAAUCCAGAAAGCCUAUAAAAUAUUUCAAGGGAAUUGCACGUUUAAGGAGUGACUCAGUUCUCCAAAGCCCCCUGCCAUAGAUAUGAAUCACAGCACAUUAGAGAAAUAAAAGAAAUGUAUUCAUCUUUAUCUCACUGAGCCGAACUGACUGACUCAAGAACACCUCUGACCCAUAAUGGCAUUCAGUGAUAAGAGUCUGGAUUACUGAUGCAGAUAUUGCUUGUGAAAGAAUGUAACCUUGCUGUACUUAAAAAUUAUAUAUAUAUAUAUAUAUAU